UAAAAAGAAGCGCUUUUUCGGUUUCGCUCUCCCUCCCAAAUCCCACAAAACUUCGAUCUUUCCCUCCCGAGAAACGAUCUCCAGAUGUAGAAUUUCGAUGGAGAAAUCCCUCAUUCUCCUUCUCAAUCCCUAUUUCCAUUGAUUUUUCUUCGAUUUCUCGGUGGAUUGGGGUUCUUUUUAUCAUGCCCUGGUCCUAUUCGUCUCUAGGAUCGCGCAUUCGAUCUUGGCUUAGGGAUUACGACAGCCUCCAAGCCUUCGCCGUUGUCCUUCUCUACAUCCAGAUUGGUUGUUCGUUGGUUGGAUCUUUGAGCGCGUUGUACAACGGUGUGUUGUUGAUCAAUCUAGUGGUUGCGCUCUUUGCGCUUAUUGCGAUCGAGAGUAGCAGCCAGAGCCUUGGGCGGACGUAUGCUGUGCUUCUCCUUUGUGCGAUCUUGCUCGACAUUGCGUGGUUUAUAUUCAUAUCGCACACCAUGCGGAAUAUGGAUAGUGAGAAAAGCGAGCCUUUUGUUACUUUCUCUUUGAAACUUGCGUUGUCGAUGCAAAUCAUUGGGUUUUCAGUGAGAUUCCUGUCCUCAUUUCUAUGGAUUCAGAUGUACAGAUUAGGUGUUGCAAGUGUUGACAGCACACCCUAUCGUGAAGCAGAUUUUGAUGUGAGAAAUAGUUUUUUGAAUCCACCAAUUCAUGGGAUAGUUAGAGAGAACUCCACUUCUGAUGACAUUUUAGGUGGAUCAAUUUAUGAUCCUGCUUAUUACUCGUCACUCUUCGAGGAUGCCCAUGACAAAGGCUGUGUGUAUCAGGGUAACAAUGGUGUUUUUGGUCAAGAUAGUGGUUCCACAUCAUCUACUGAAACCCCUCAACUUAAAUCAUGUGUCAGUCGGUCUUUUCAAGUUAUCGAUGUUGACAAUGUACUGAGAAGGCCCUUGAAUUGCUGAUUAGUCAUUCUGCUGCCCCCUUGUGUUUGCUAUCCUAUGUUUUUUUUUCCUCAAUUUUUGUUGUCUUAAUCUUCAUUUUGGGGUAUGCUGUGUACAGGAAACUUUUGUAGAGUCACCCU